AUGAAGUCGGAGCCUUUGCUCCCUAUCUUCGAGCCCAAAGACAGCCACCUCGGUGACUGGACGGCACAAUGCCGAAGCUUUGCGAAGAGAUCCGAUUGGCUGGCCAUUUUCCUUGGGCCAGCGAUAUCUGUGCCAUUUGCGACCUGCUACGCAGCGUUGGUCUGCAACGACGUCAUGUGGACGCAGAUGAUCGGAUCCAUCAUCGCCCUGGUCAUCGGCCAGUUCGUGACCACAACGAACUUGGAUCCUCUGACUGCUAUACUUUUUGGCCAGCUGGCUCGGAAAGUCGCCCGCUUCAACACUGGCCAGGGAAGCCAGGAGAUGAUCCUGUGCAGCAUGAUGCUCCUCAUGCCGGUGAUCUCACUCUGCUUGGGCAUUGUGCUGUACUUUGUGGGCAAGCUUAAGCUCGCCAUGAUGCUCCGUUUCAUCCCAUACACCGUGGUGGGCGGAUUCCUGGCAGGCAGCGGUAUCCUUAUCUUGCAGGAGUCGCUUGCUCUGGCGGGUGGCAUGAACCUGGGUGACCUCGUUCCUCAGACUUUCCUGAGCCCGCAUGAGACUGUAGGACCCUGGAUCCAGAUCAUCCUUUCCGUGGUGUUCUCGUCCGUCCUGGAGCAUGUGAGGGAGUGGCACAUUUUCAGCACACCGCUGGUGAUCGCAUUGGCGGUUGGCUUGAGCGCUCUGGUGCAGCACGCCUCAGGGGGUGCCUUGCCACCCAGGUCCUGGUUUCUGGAGUUUCCGGAUCCCGUCAAAUGGUGGGAACCAUUCGUGCGCGUUCGCGAUGGCUUCAACCAGAGCUACUCGGCUUCGGGUCUGGCUGAUUUGGAGUUCCUUGGCGGCUUUGUGGUCAUCAUGACCGUCUCCUGGAGCAUCAACACCCUGGCGGUGGCUAAGCUGGUGCCCCUUCGGCCAGGGCUACAGCGCUGCGAUGAGCAGGAGGAGAUCCGGACCCUGGGUCUCACGAACGUGCUGCUGGGUUCCAUGGGCGGCCUUUGCUCCAUGCAGUCCUUCAAGAUCCCGAUGAUCAUGAGGGGAGUUAAGUCUGGGCCCUCCUGGCCCUAUUUCAACGUGAUCGUCAAUGUGCUUCUGUUUGCUCUUUCUCCUCGAUUCAUUGUGCAGACUGUUCCGCGCUUCCUCUUUGCAGGAACGGUGGUGCGGCUCUCUUGCGACCUUAUCGGCGAAUGGCUGCUAGAAGCCAGGCGGCGCGUGGCUUGGGAGGAGUGGCUAGUCUUGGUGGCCACGACAAUUGUUGUUGUCAUCAAUGUCACCCUGGGCAUUCUCUUUGGCCUCUUCUGCACAUUAGCGUGGUUUGCCAUUGAGUAUACGGGAGUGACUGGCAUCACCAAUGAGAGCACCCUGAGCCAGAGCCGCUCAAGGGUGGAAAGAAGCGAUGAGGAGCACGCGAUUCUCAAGGAGCAUGGUGACAGAACCCUGGUCAUUUGGCUCAGUGGCUACCUCUUUUUCGGCUCCGCCUGCCAGGUGAUUGACGAAGUGCGGAGCAAGGUGCACGAACAAGGGGUGUCAGUCGUCAUCCUCGAUUUCUCCCAUGUGCCAGCCAUUGAUGCCAGCGGUGUCUAUGCCAUGGUGGACUUGGUGCAGGAGCUGCAGGAGCCUAGGCCGGUUCGGCUGGCAUUUUGUGGCCUCGUUCGCCGCCUGCGCAAUGCCCUCCAGUGCGCGGCAGAGCACCAGCAGAUGCCUCCGCUGGAAGUCUUCCACGAUCUGGACAAGGCUUUGCAGUGCUUCGAGGACCAGAUCUUACAGAAGUUUAUCAGGAAACACUUGCCGACAAAGAGGCCGAAGGGGUCUUUGGGCGUGUCGAAGAUCGACUCCCUGAACUGCAUCACUGACCUCGAGAUUGCCUCGCCUCACUUUGCCAGAGAGUGCAGCAAUGAGCUGGACGGCGGCGUCUGGCGUCAUUUACUUCAGAAAGAGCUUCCGGUGCUCGAUCCAGAUCACAUCUCUGUGGAACUUUUGCGAGAGCUCGCGGGGGAGCCACGUGUGAAGGAAGAUGGCGAGGUCCUCUUCAAUUAUGGAACUCCCGCAACAGAGCUCAUUGUUCUGCUGGAUGGUGCUGUGGACGUUACGCACCCGCCAUCGUCACCCGCGAAGCGGAUGCCGAGACACCAUCUGAAUGAAGCGAAAGGAGACGUCUACGUCUUCGAGGAGCCCACAAGGGCGAGGAGAGCACGUUCCGGCGCUGUCUUCGGGGCCGUUGAGUACGCCAGUGCUAAUUUUGACUCCUCUCUGCAGCUCCGCGCUGGAGCUUGCCUCCGCUGCACCGGCACAUCUGUGGGCAAAAGCGAGGUUUUAGUCAUAGCCUUCGAUGCCUUGCGUAGCAAGGAGCUGGAGGAAGGAAGGCUUGCUCUCGUGCUGCGGACGUGGCUAUCGCGACUUGCAUCAAAUGCACUCAUUGCCUCCACGCACAAUGACCCUCUCAGCAACCUUCACUGGCGGGAGCUUCG